GCGCAGCGCGGCCAUGGCGCGGAGCCGCCCGGCCUACGAGUACACGGAGGCGGAGGACAAGAGCAUGCGGCUCGGCUUCCUGCUCAUCGCCGCCGGCCUCCUCUCGCUGCUCGUGCUGGGCUUCUGCUGGCUGCGGCCGGCGCUGCAGGAGCGGCGCGGCGGCGGCGCCGCCAACUGCACCGUGCUGGCCGUGCGGCAGCUGGGCGAGCGCUUCGCCUGCUCCUUCUCGUGCGGCGGCGCGUGCCGCGGCACGGCGCGCUACCCGUGCCUGCAGGUGCUCGUGCGCACCUCGCGCUCCGCCGCGCCCGCCCUGCUGCACGAGGACGAGCGGCAGCUGCGCGCCAACCCCAAGUGUUCAUACAUCCCUCCCUGUGCAAGAGAUGAUCAGGAGAACUCUGAGAAUGUCACAUACAAGCAGAAAUACUGGAAAGAAAAAGUGGGUUCACAGCCAUUUACAUGCUAUUUUAACCAGCACUUAAGGCCGGACGACGUGAUGCUGAAGCGCACGCACGACGAGGCCGUGCUCCUGCACUGCUUCCUGUGGCCCCUCGUCACGCUCCUGGUCGGCGUCCUCAUCGUGCUGCUCACCAUCUGCGCCAAGAGCCUGGCCGUGAAGGCCGAGGCGCUCCAGAGGAGGAAACACGCGUGAGCGGGACAGGGGA